GGCCUUGGAAGUGCUGAAGAUUGCUUCGGGAAUUGCGGCGCCCUGAGCCCUGGCACUGGCCUGGAGCUGGUGCGGCAGUACGACGUCGUCGCCGACUGCUCCGAUAACGUCCCCACCAGGUACUUGGUGAAUGACGCCUGUGUCCUGGCUGGGAAACCCCUAGUGUCCGGCAGCGCCCUCCGGCUGGAGGGGCAGCUGGUCGUGUACAACUACCAGGGCGGGCCCUGCUACAGGUGUCUCUUCCCCAAGCCCCCUCCACCAGAGACGGUGACUAACUGUGCAGAUGGGGGAGUGCUGGGUGUCGUGCCAGGCAUCGUGGGGUGCAUCCAGGCCUUGGAAGUGCUGAAGAUUGCUUCGGGAAUGGGUUCCUCCUUCAGCCAGUUCAUGCUGAUGUUUGAUGCCCGUGAAGGGAGAUUUCGCAACAUCAAGUUAAGACCAAAGAAACCAGACUGUGCGGCUUGUGGUGACAAUCCAUCUGUCACCUGCCUUCAGGAUUAUGAGGCAUUUUGUGGUUCUUCUGCAACAGACAAGUGUAGGACUUUACGUCUGCUGUCCAGUACGGACAGGGUAUCUGUAGAGGAGUACAAAAAACUAUUGGAUGAGCAAGUUCCUCAUGUAUUGUUAGAUGUUCGGCCGCAGGUAGAAGUGGAUAUCUGUCGCCUGUUACAUGCUGUCCACAUUCCUUUGAGUAAAUUAGAAGAAAAAGAUGAAGAAUGUCUGGAAUAUUUAGAAAAAAGAAUUUGUGAAGAAAAGCAGAGAACUAAUGGCCAAACAUCUUUUCCUGUAUAUGUUGUUUGCAAAUUAGGAAAUGACUCUCAGAAGGCUGUAAGAAUUCUGCAGGAGUUGCCUGUCAAAGAAUUUGGUUCUGUGUUAGCUAAGGAUAUUAAAGGGGGGCUCAUGGCUUGGGCCAGUAAAAUUGACCCAACGUUUCCUCAGUAUUAGAAAUUUAAAUGGUGGAAAAAAAAUACAGAUUUUCAUAGUAAAUUCCAUAGGGUUUCAUCUUCUCUGUGUAAUGCCUAUAUCACGUGGAUAAAACAGGAGAUAGAAAUACCAUGUUGCUUUUUUUAAUGGUAAUUUUUUUCCAAAAGACCCGUGUAUUUUUGUAGAUGUCUGAUUAUUUUUAUAAAAAUGUGAAACUAUCCAUGGAAAUUGAAAGAAAUGUGUUUCUUGGCUAUUGUUUAAUAGUGAAAACUUGGAAUAACUACUUAAUCAUGCAUGUGAUAAUUGAGAAUGACUCCGAAUUAGUAAUUGUAGCCUGGAGAAUGACAAAGAAGAACAGGAGUCAAGCGUUGAAAAUUUUUACUCAUUCUCCUAACUGCCUAACAAAUUGAAACAGUGCAUGCAGUGAUUAAAAAAACCUGUUAAUCUCUAGCUGGUCAGUAGCGCUAUUAAGCCUGUCAUAGGGAAUUGCCAAGACAAUGCUGACAAGACUGUUUUUGCCAACAUCUUUUAGUUCUCUGCAGGAGCAUUGUGUAUUUAUGAAAGAGAACUGCUCGCUGCAAAUAGCAGCACCUACAGCAAGGGUGUUCUGUUAAGAACUUCCAGGGGCAUGCGUCCUCAUUUGUUGGCUGGCAAAAAAGUGUAUUCCCCGACUUGUAUAGAGAAACCAAAGCUAAAUGUUAAUAAGACGUAAGUUUGAGCCCAGAAGAUUUGUAAAACAUACAGAAAAUGCUUUCGUGAGGGCUUAGAAGAUUUCAGAGAUUGAGAGAUGAAGAGGAGGUGAGAGGGAAAAAAACAGAUAUGUGGCCUCCCUUCUGCAAAUACAAAGGCACGCUUCGUAAGUUUUCUCCCUGUUUGUUGUGGUGGUUGCACAUCCCCAGUGGUACUGCAUUAUUUUGUUAAGUGGCAUGAAGAGCUAUGCAUAUCUAAAAAGUUCUCUUCGACGAACUGAAUGAAAAGAAAGAGAAAUAAAUAGC